GUUAUUUUGAAGAUGAAAUGUACGAAUUUACCCCAAUAAUCAACACAUAACACAUCUAAAACCUCUUCUUAAUCCGCCAAACCCCUCUUUCUUCCCUCUAUCACCCAUCUGCCCACCCCCUUGACACUCUCUCAUAGAAUAAUCGAGGAGAGAAGUAGUGAGACAAUGUUCGGGGAUGACCCCAUAAGGAUGAGCAAGAAGGCUAAGUCAAAGCCGACCACGAACAAGUCCAAAAGGAGUUAUAAAUAAGGAUCUGUAUAAGACUAUUACUACUAUUGGGAAUAAUAGAAGGCUUAUGCAAGUGCGAAAAAGAAAAAGAAGUCCAGAAAUCAUGGGAACGAAAUAAAGUCCCAGAUUUCUAACUACAACAGCACAAUAUCCAGUAAGAUUAGUGAGACUAGUGGGUCUCCCACUUCUUCAAGGAUGAAGGCAUCUUCAAAGCAUAAGAGAUCUUCAGUGUCUAAAAAUACCCUUAAAAGCUCGUACCGCUCCAGAAACUCUGUCCAACUUGUCUCAACCAGUAAAGAAGUUGACAGAGCUCGCAAGAAGUACGGUAAGGAGCAGAGCUCCUUUAAGGAAAUCUCUUCUGAGUUAGUCAACUUCAGAGAAGUUAGCAAGAGAAGGAGCUCUUUUAACCAUAAAAACUCUGUCGGACUCUUUUCAGCCCUGACUGGACUAGGCUCAAGUCAUGGGAAGAUACCUACUAAUAGCUCACAACGGGUUUCGAGUGUAAUGGAUGGAAUUAUCGCUCCAUUCUUCACUAAUUUGAAAGGUAAAAAGAUUACCCAGAAGAGGAUAGAGAGUGGGAUGAAGAAGGCACUCGGAGCUAGUGAGAUCUGUAACUUCUUACUAACCCUCUACACUAACCGUCUUAGCACAACAUUUUACCACUGGAAGUCAAUCAUAUAUCAAGAAAAGAUAGUCGAAGAGAUAGAGCACGAGUCAAUGAGACCAACAAGUCAUAAGAAGUUUUAUGCAGAUAGCACCUUGAUCAAGGCCACUAGGAAUAUUUUUAAAGUUUAUUCAAAGAAAGUGGCUGAUUCUUAUUAUGACAGACCUACAGUGCUAGUAGAGAUCACAGGUCAUCGGUCAAAAGAAGCUGCCUUUGAAAGAGUCAUUGAGAAGAGAUGAGCUUGGCUCAGAAGACGAGCUGAUGAGGAAGAUGAGAAAUUGGCUAUACUUAGAGAAGAAGUUAAGGAAGUCCAACAACAAAGUGCAAUCUCUUCAACUUCAUUACAAACCCAGAAUACUAAUCUAGCAGCCAUGAUGCUGUGAAAAAGCAUCAACAGUGUUGUAUUAAGAUCCAAGAAGGAAAAUUUUAGCACUCUCCACAAUUUUUCCGAACAAAGAAAAUUCUACAUCACCUUCAAGCUAUCUACCAUCAUACACAACUGCAUUCUCAAGGCCGAAAAAUACCAAAAAUUCACUCACUUCAACCACUGGAAGAGCUCCUCCCUCAAAAACUACACCUACACCACCCCUGCGCUCACUUCCCUCCCAAACCCCCCACCUCAACCACCCCAGGCCAAAAUCCCCACUACAGCCCCCCUAGAGCCCCACCCGCUCCUCUCCCAGAGACUCCAGGAAGAAAAAUCCCGAAUCGAACGCGAACAAAUUGACCAUAAAAUAUCCCAAUUACGGAAGAAACUUAAAAAUCAGAAGAAAGGGAAUUGGCAUGAUGUUAAUACGGAAGUUACAGAUCCGAGGAAUUUUAGGUAGAUAGGUUCAAUUUUG